CUUAAAUCUUUGCUUGUGUCAAACGGCCGUGUUUGCAACUGCAAGGUGGUGUCCUCCAUCCUAUCCACCCUCUCUCUUCCUCGUAUCUCUGUCCUGGCCCCUGACCCUUCUCUCUCUCCAUCUCCCCCCUCUCCUCCCCCCUCUCAGCAUUCUGACGCUCUGUGUGGCAGCUGCCCGUCCUCUGGUUCUGCCCCACAGACUAACAGCCUUUGGCCGAGCCUGCCGCAGCCUGGAGCUGGGUUCCCUGGGUGGACAGGACAGCCCACCCAGCCUGCGCCGUGCUGGGCUGGCCAGCCAAACACUCCCUGCUGGAAUGGGACACAACCAGGUGCGGUCUCUGUCCCUGCACCGACUGCAUUUCCAGCUCAAGCCAUGACACCAGCCCCUGCACCUACAGCAUCCAUUGUCCCAGCUCCAGCUCCGGCUCCAGGUCAGCCCUGCCAGCCUUGCUGGGCAGGCACCCAGUACCAGCCUCCGCAGUACCAGCCUCCCCAGUACCAGCCUCCGCAGUACCAGCCUCCCCAGUACCAGCCUCCCCAGUACCAGCCUCCCCAGUACCAGCCUCCCCAGCCACAAGCUCCUAUUCAAGCUCAAGUCCCAGCUCCAGCUCCAGUCCCAACACCUGCUCCUGCUGCCAGCAUCCGCCCAAAUGUACCAGGAUGGCCUGCCCAACCUGGCUGGCCUUAUAACCCAGGACAGUCAGGGUGGCCUGGACAGAGUCCAUCUAUCGCACCUCCACACUGGCUUCCACCCACAUCUGGACCUCUGAGCGUGCCAUACAACUUGAACCUGGCCCGAGGGGUCUAUGAUAAGAUGAUGAUGACCAUCUUGGGCCAUGUCAAACCUAAUGCUAAAAUGUUCACAGUGAACUUUCUGAGAGGAACCGACAUCGCCUUUCACAUCAACCCCCGCUUCAGUGAGGCGGGCAAACAGGUGUUAGUCCGUAACCACAAACUGGGUGAGCGCUGGGGCCCGGAGGAGAGGGACCUGAAAGGAGCCUUCCCCUUCGCUCUUGGGAGCCCGUUUGAGAUGAAGAUCCUGUGCACUCCCGAGGCGUUCAGGGUGGCAGUGAACAACUUCCCGCUGUUUGAGUUCCGACACCGAGUCAGAGAGCUCAACCAGAUUGACAGAAUCAACAUCCUGCACGAUGUCGUCCUCACCUUCGUCAAUGUGGAGACACUUGCAUAG